AUGCUUCCCUCCGAGGUCGCCCAGUCGAUCAGCAAACAAUGGCCUUGUCGCGAGCUCCAAAGCCGCCAACUUGCUAGCCUGCUCGGCGCCAAGGUCUCAAGCCCAUCUACCAUCGUCGUCCAUGGCAUCUCUGCCACCUGCAAGACCACCAUCGUGCGCAAUGUGCUCGCCGCCCUCGACGUCCCGCACGCGCUCGUCCGCAGCCCCGAGUGCAUCACCGGCCGCCAUCUGCUCACCAAGACCCUUUGGGCCACCCUGGAGGCGCUGGGCAAGCGGGAUGAGUGGGAGAAGUAUGGCAAGGGACGCUGCGAACACGUCAGUACGCUCGCUGUGCUGCUGAACGAGUGUCUCGCUUCGGCUUUCGUUUCUUCGCAACAAGAACAACAACCGCUGACUCGCAACAAUCGCAACAAAUUCGUGCUGGUUCUUGAUGGGAUUGACAAGCAGAGAGAGGCGUCACCUACACUACUGUCUGCGCUGGCGAGACUGGGAGAGGUGAUUCCUUCGCUAUGCGUCGUCCUCGUCCUUAGUACCCCUCCGCGACCGCUCUUCUUACAAUCUGCCGGCGUCCCACAUAUCAGCUUCCCGCCCUACACGCGCAAUGAAGCCACGACCAUCAUCCUCCAGGGCGGUCCGCCGCCGGCUGCCGCCGCCACCCUAGGCCUGUCGGACGCGGUCGCAUCGACCCUAUAUCCGCAUUUCGUGGCGGCCGUCUACGACUCUCUCGUCGGGCCGACGGCCAGCUCCAUCCCGACCUUCCGGUCGAUCUGCGAGAAGCUGUGGCCGCGGUUUGUGGCGCCCAUCACGACAGGCGAGACUCCGCCGGGGGGCGUGGGGGAGUGGGAUUUCACUCGGCUGCUGGUCAAGAAUCGGGCCCUGUUCCGGCAUCAGGGGGAAGGGGCGCUGGUGCAUCACAUUGUCACUGAGGAGGAUGAGGCGGAACCGCCCGUCGCGAAGGGUACGACCGCCGUCUUUUCCACCCAAAAACCGAAAUCCCUGUCUGCCGCAUCGGCCCCAUCGCCCCUGCCUUCCUUGCCGUACUUCCCCACCUUGAUCCUAACCUCGGCCUACCUCGCCUCGCACACGCCGCAACGGCUGGAUACGAUCUUCUUCUCCAAGUUCUCAUCGUCCUCGCUGUCCGCGCGGAACAAGCGCGCGCAUCACCGGCGGCGGCUGAAGCUGCUCUCGCGGGCUCAGCUGGAGGAUGCUGCGUCGGCGGCGGCGGACCCGUCGACUCCCGGCAGCCGGAAGAAGGGCAAGCGCACCAAGACGAAGAUCACCAAGUCGACGCUGGAGUCGGCCUUUGCGACCUCGUCCGCGACGACGUCGGCGGUCGGCGGCGGCGGCGGCAUCACCGGCCCCUCGACCAUCCUCACCGCGCGCCCGUUCCCGCUGGAGCGGCUGGUCGCCAUCUACCAUGCCAUCGACCCCAACCCCCCUGCCAAUCCGAUUCGCAUGGCGGCCGUGUCCGACGCGAUCUAUGCCGAAUUGGCUACGUUGCGGCGGCUACGGUUGGUGGUGCCUGCGGCGGGUCGGGAAGGUCGUGUGGGGAUGGGGUCCGGUGGGUUGAGUAGCGGGAAUACCACGUCCGAUACGGGGGAGAAAUGGUGUGUGAAUGUUUCAGGGGACUGGAUCGGGGAGUUGGCAAAGACGGUCGGCGUAGAGGUGGGCGAAUGGUUGGCGGGAGGUCUGGAUUAG